AUGGCUGUUCCCUUGGCGCUGCAGCCAAUGCGGCCUUUGCUGCAGCGCAACAGCCUCCCCCUGGUACCAGGGCUCGCUCUCAGGGGGGCCCUUCUGCUGCUGCUGCUGCUGCAGCUGCUGCUCUGUGCUGCUGCAGACCACCCUAUCCCCCAGAAUCCAGCACGGCCAGUGCUGCUGAAUGCGCCGGGCGAACUUGCCUCGUUGUGGUCCUCUACAGAAAACUCCAAGGAAGGAGACAGCAGCUGCUUGUGGCGCAAUGUGCGCCUGGGCAUUGGAAAGGCUUUUGCUGUUGUGCCUUUUGGGGUCCCUUCCCCCGCUGCCUGCCGCCGCCUCUGCCGCGCUGCUGCUCCCCGCUGCAGCUUUUUCUUACACGUGACGAACAAGCUGCUGCCACAGGGCCUCCAGACAUCUUGCCAUUUGCUGCAGUCGCCGUCUCCAGCCCUGCCUAUCUCUGCUGAGCAGCGCCAGUGGCUGCUGCUCGUGGGGGGCCCAGUGGAGUGCAGUGCAGAGGCGCAGGGGCUCUCUCCCCCGCUGCUUACUGAUGGCACUUGUGCCAGCAGCAUCGAAUGCGACCUGGCGGGCCUUUUCGGCGUUGGAGGCGGCAGGUUCGAUCCAUUCUGCGGCAGCAACAGCAGCAAUAGCAGCAGCAGCAGCAGCGACGGCAGCGACGGAGAAAGGAACAGCAGUGAUCGCAGCAGCAGCAGAGAAGUGCUGCAGCAAGACACGCCAGCCAGUGAGGAAGACAGGCAAUUCUUCUGCUCUCGCCAGCUCAUGGGCCUUCCUUGCUGCACUCGCUGCGGGGACUCGGAAUUCAAUCCAUGUCCAGAGGACGCGUGUGGCAGCUCUGGUGUAGAUUUCCCUGGUGGUGAAGUGGUGGGAUUUGUAGCUGGGGGAGUACCUUCUGCUGCUGCUUGCCGGCGGCUGUGUCUUGCUGCUGCUGCUGCUGGCUGCACCCACUACUUUUAUUAUUCUUCUUAUCUAUUAUCGGAGGCAAUUCGAGGCAGCUGCAGCCUGAGGCGCUACCCCCAGCUCACGGAGGAGCAGCUGCAGGAGCAGCUGCAGCAAGUAGCCAGGGAGAGGCAGCAGCAGCGAGAGCUGAAGCUGCAAAAGAAAAGAAAAGAGAGGGAAAUGAGGCGACUGAAAAGAAAGCAGGAGAAGCAACGACAACUAGAGUUGCAGCAGCAGAAGCAGCAGCAAAAACAGCAGCAAAGCCAGCGGCAAAAUCAGCAGCAAGAGCAGAAGCAGAAGGCACAGCAGCAGCAGCGACAGGAGCGCAUGCAGGAAACGGAAACUCCAGCUCAGCAACAGGACGCCAAACGCCCUCAGCAGCAGCUCACAGAACAGCAGCAGCAAAGGCUGCCAACGCAACACGAGCCGGCGUCCUCUGAGGCCCAGGCUGCUGCAGCACAGACAGACCAAGAGGCAGCCCAGCAGCAGCCGCAGCAAAAACUGCUGCAGCAGCGGAGGCUGUCGGAGCUGUCAGACACAGAAGAAGAUAUUCCAGAAAUGACGGACAGUGAAGAAGACACAAAGGAGCAAUCAAAAGUUGCAGCAGCAGCAACAACAACAAAACGAAGCGCAGCUGCAUCAGCAAAAGCAGAAGCAGCUCCAGAAGUUACCCAACUCGAAGCAACAGAACAGGGAGAAGCAGCAGCAAAGGAUCCAACACUGAAGAAGAAGAAGACUACGAAGCUUGACGCAGGGCUGUCAAAUGAAGCGGACGGCGCAGCAGCAGACGCAGCAGCAGAUGCAGCAGCAACGGCACAGCAGCCGCAAAGGGAGUCCAGUGCCUCAGGUGGUACUGAAGAUGCGACAGCUGGAAAGGAAGCAAAAGAAAAAGAAGAAGACACAGAAGAAGAAGAGGACGAGGAAGAGGAAGAAGACCCACCUCUUCUGCUGCCUGGGGCUCCCCAUGCCUUUCCUAUUUUCCAGCAGCAGCACAACCAGCAGCAGCAGGAGCAGCAGCAGCAGGAGCAGCAGCAGCAGGAGCAGCAGCAGGAGCAGCAGCAGCACAACCAGCAGCAGCAGGAACAGCAGCAGGAGCAGCAACAGGGACAGCAGCAGCAGGCGCAGAUGCAGCACAGCCAGCAGCAGGAGCAGCAGGAGCACAGCCAGCAGCAGCAGCAGGAGGCAGUGGAGGGUGCGCAUCUGCAGGAGGCGGUGUUUGGCCCGGUGCUGUCUGAGUGGCACUUUGGUGCUGCUGCAUGCGCUGCAGCAGCGCGCCCCACAACAACAACAACCCCACCCCCCCCGCCACCCCCACCACCCCCCAACCACUGCGAAAAGCCCAAGACCGACUUCUACGGCCACGACCUCGCCCGCAAAGCCGCACUGACUUCGCGCCAGUGCCAAAGCCACUGCGCACACGCCGAGGCCUGCGAGGGCUACACCUUUUUGCCGCGCCAGCGGGUCUGCCUCUUGAAGUGGCUGCUGCUGCCCCGCGCCGUGCCCGAGUACGUCAGCGGACCCAGGUGCUGCCUCCCCCAAAGCCAGCAGCAGCAGCAGCAGCAGAAGCAGCAGCAGCUGGAUGGGGGGAGCGAGGGAUCGCUUCAGUCCUUUCGCAGGGCAGCUCAAGCUCCGGCCGAGCCCGGGCCAGCAGCCGCAGCAGCCAGCCGCGCAGACACAGCCAACAGCGAAAGCAGCAGCAGCAGCAGCAGCAGCUCUAACGAUUGCCCCCCUGAGCGCCCCCUGCUGUGCCUGUGGCCCGGCAAGGCCUUGCUGGAGCACGACUUGGGGCCCCCCAUAGAGGACUGCAGCAGCGCAGCAGCCUGUCAGUCUCACUGCGACAAAAACCUCCGCUGCAGCGUUUGGGUAUACAGGGGGGCCCCACACCACACGUGCCAGCUGAAGCUGCUGCCUGCUGCUGCUGCGGGGUCGCUCGCUGCUAUGGGGGCCUCUUCCCCCGCUGAGACGGCGCUUGCUGCUGUUGCCGCAGCAGCAGCCACUCCCAGCGCCGACUUUGCUGCAGCAGCAGCUGCAUUAGCAGCAGCAGACAAAGAAAGCCCCCAAGAAAGGCUCCUAAGGAGGCAGCGGACCCGCGGGGAAAUCGAAAAACGCGGGCAGCUCGUGCCUUUUGCCCAGGCCAUUACGGGGCUGCCAGAUUGCCCCUUAAGGGGAGAUGCAGCAGGAGAAUCUCGGGGCCGCAGGCGCACGCUGCUGCUGUUACAGCGCAGCAUGCAGCGGAAGCUGAAGAGACAGCAAAGGGCAGCAGAACGCGCCCGAGAGAAGCAAGAAAGUGCCCAAAUGCGCAGGCAACAGAGACUCACGGGCAAGCAACUGAGGCUCCGCAGACAGCAGCAGCAGCAGCAGCAGCAGUUUAAUGCGCCCCACCAGAAACCCCAAGGCGAUUAUGCAGAAGCAACGCUUGCACCGCCGCUGCAGCAGCAAGAAGACAGCCAGGAGCAGCGUCCCCAGUCAAGCCAAAGCUCACACCUAGAGGUUGAGCAGAAGCAGCAGCAGGAGCAGCAGCAGGGGCAGGAAGGCCUGCAGCAGCAUGAACAACAAGAUCAACGGCAGGAACAGCAACGAGAGCAGCAGUCACUGCAGCAUGAGCAGCUGCAACAGGAGCAGCCUCAAAAAGGGCAACAGCAGCAGCACAGGCAGCUCCCCAGCCUCUUCCAGUCCUUAGAAAAAGUGGGAGAGAUGCUUCCUUCUCUGGGGGCACUGCUGCAGCCGCUGCAGCCGUUGAACCCGCUGCAGCCGCUACAGCCGCUGCAGCCGUUGAAACCGUUGCAGCCAAUGCAGCCAAUGCUGCCAAUGCAGCCGCUGCAGCCUAUGCAACCACUGCAGCCGCUGCAGCCAAUGCAGCCAAUGCAACCACUGCAGCCGCUGCAGCCGCUGCAGCCACUUCAGCCACUGCAGCCACUGCAGCCGUUGAAAGCGCUGCAGCCGCUGCAGCCCCUGCAACCAUUGAAGCCGCUGCAGCUGCUGCAGCCACUGCAGCCACUGCAGCAACUGCCGACGCUACAGCCACCAGAGCCUGAGCAGCCACUGCAGCCUCAGCAUCCACUGCAGCCACUGCAGCCCCUGCAGCCUCUGCAGCCGUUCAAGCCGCUGCAGCUGCUGCAGCCGCUGCAGCAACCGCCGACACUGCAGCCGCCAGUGCCUGAGCAGCCACUGCAGCCUCAGCGCCCACUGCAGCCGCAGCAGCCUCUGCAGCCAUUGAAGCCGCUGCAGCUGCUGCAGCCACUGCAGCCACUGCAGCAAACGCCGACACUACAGCCGCCAGAGCCUGAGCAGCCACUGCAGCCGCUGCAGCCACUGGAGCCGUUGAAACCGCUGCAGCCGCUGCAACCAUUGCAGCCGCUGCAGCCGCUAGAGCCUCUGCAGCAGCAACUUGGGCCUCUGGGCUCAGAGCCACUACCGCAGCUGCUACAAAUACCUCAGCAGCAGCUGCCACCAGUGCAGCAGCCUCAGUUGAGCCUGCCUUUGAGGCUCCCAUAA